AGUGUCAUUUGUGAAGAAGAGCCGACAGACACAGCAUCCCUCUUCACCUCGGAGCUGUGCUACUGGAACCGCGAGCUGGAGGUGCGGCGACAGCUCAUCAAGGACGAGUUUAAGGCUCUUCUCUCAACCAUAGCGGCCCAAGAUUUCGAAGACCUGAUACCUAAAAAAGGCGCAAACACAUUUAAAGAACUAAACGCUAUCGAGAUAGAGAAAACACAGGAUUCUACAGAAACAGACAAACCUGGGAGACAACAGCGAAUAGAAGUUCCAAUUAAACCCGCAGAUGAUGAAACAAAUAAAACAAUACAAAAUGAAGAAAUGGUUCCGUCGAGCUCCCAAGUUAUGACGUCACGACGACCUUAUUCACAGUAUGAAGUUACAGAAAAGGUCAUAGAUAUCCCGAAUACCCGAACUCCAUCCGGGCCUAUAGUACCCAACUACACCCUCAGACCAGCAAUCAACCUUGCCCAACAAGUGACAAACACAGGACAUAGUGCAAUACAAAUAGGUACAUCUGACAGUCCAAAUAAAGAUGAAAAUAUUCAGAAUAAAAAGAACAAAUUUAGCAUUCUACAUGUCAAUGCGGAAUUUGAUGACAAACCUACAGAUGUUCAUGAUAAUAAAGUUACGGGAAUACUGAGAGGUAUCAAGGAGUAUCUUCAGAAUAUCCACAAAGGUAUUUACAAUGGUAUCCAUAGGUUCUUUCAUAAACAAGAUGAGAAUCAAGGGAAUAGGUUUAAAAGGGAGGCUGAGAGAGAGGCGGUCACAGUUGUGUAGGUUAAUGAAACUGAAUUGUAACCAUUAGUGUAGAUUUAAUUGUUUGUUGUUAAAUAAAUGUUUUUUUUCGAAA